GAAGCUUUGCAUAGUAGGCAAUAUUGAAUUUCUACGUCAAAGAAUCGGCUCUGAAAAUUAUAUUUGGUUACUUUGACAUAAAUCCAUUCGUAGAAGCUUUUAUUUUUGAAUUCGAAUUUUUCUGCUAUUCAGUUUUAAAGAAAAUGCGUAUCACGGUUACUACGCUUUCUGAUGACAUAUUUAACCUCGAUGUUUCAGAAGAUUUGGAACUAGAGAAUUUUAAAGCAUUUUGUGAAGUUGAAUCUGGUAUUCCUGCUGUAGAAAUACGCUUAGUUUACAAUGGGAAAGUUAUGGAAGAUGGAUCUAAAAGCUUAAAGAAUCAUGGCUUGAAAGAGGGUGAUGUCAUUGUCAUACAGAGACAAAAAAUUACCACCGGUCAUCAACAAGAGCCUCCACUGAAUUUGGAUUUCAGUGCAAUACAGGUACCAUCAUCUUCGAGAGGCAAUAGAAAUACCAAUCGAGGUAAUGAAAAUGACCCUGUCUUCAUCCGAGACAUGUUUCUAGCCAACCCUGAUCAACUUGCUCUAUUGAAACAAAAUAACCCUCGCCUUGCUGAUGCACUACUGUCUGGAGAUUUAGCCCGUUUUACUACGGUACUACGUGAACAAGAAGCGGUGAGAGCAGAACGGGAAAGACUACGAAACCUGAUGUCCCGCGCUGAUCCUUUCGAUGCUGAAGCACAACGGCUGAUUGCCGAUGAAAUUCGCCAGAAAAAUAUCGAAGCCAAUAUGGAAGCAGCUAUCGAAUAUCAUCCCGAGUCGUUUGGCACAGUUGUUAUGCUUUAUAUAAAUUGCGUAGUCAAUGGACACCCGGUUAAAGCUUUCAUUGAUUCUGGAGCUCAAACCACCAUCAUGUCAUCAGCCUGUGCCCUGAAAUGCGACAUCCAUCGUUUAGUCGAUAGCAGGUGGGCUGGAAUUGCCAAAGGCGUAGGAAUCCAACGUAUUGUCGGGCGCAUCCACAUGGUUCAGAUUCAAAUCGGAGAUGAUUUUUUACCCACCUCGUUUUCAAUUUUGGAGGAACAACCUAUGGACAUGCUACUAGGAUUAGAUAUGCUUAAACGCCAUCAAUGUCUAAUAGAUUUGAAACGUAACCUUUUGGUCAUUGGAACUACCGGAACUGAAACCCCUUUUUUGUCCGAAAAUGAGCUUCCUGACUGUGCCCGAUUGUCUGGUCCACGAUCUGAAGUCGAGUCGUCAUCAGCUGUCGAAAUGGAAGAUCAUGAACUCGCAAAGGCCCUUCAAGAGUCAGCAACUCCUGAUCCAAGUACUCAACAUCCAACCGAAAAGUUCACUGAGAAACAAAUUCAAGAGUUGGUAUCCAUGGGUUUUCAACGUACACAGGUAGUUGAAGAAUUGAGAAGAUUUGAUGGGGAUGCUACUCAGGCUACUGCCGCACUUUUUGCAAAAUCUCUCAAAUUUUAAGUUAUUUCGUCAAUAUGUAUUUUCAAUAUUUUCCCCUUCUUUCGACACGAUACAACAUAUCGGGAUUUUCACAGUAA